UGCGACACAAAAUAUCAUCAACAACAUUGGUGAUUGUUAAGUGGGGGAAAGUACAUGACGAAGUUAUUUGGUGUGAAAGGCGGUUGUUUUUCUUUGUUGUUUAAAGAAAAAAAAUGGAGAUGAUCACAACAACGUAUGAUAGUGUUGAUAAAAAAAUAUUAAAAUCAUUGGAUAAUAACAAAGUAUUACACAGGCCAAAUGCAAGUGCAGGAUUAUGGCUGAUGCCAUUAGUAGGUAUCAGUGCAUUAGCAACAAUACUCAGAGAAGAUAAUAGUUAUUCAGAAAUAUGUCUUCUCAUUGGAAUAACAGGAGUUGGUCUAGUCCUAAGUUCAAUAUGUCUUAUUGCUCAAUUGACAAUUGAUAAAUCAUCGAUUAAAGAUUUUCAAAUAAUUUAUUUUUUACCAGCAACAAUUACCUCAAUGUUAUAUCUUCUAUGGGCAAGCAAAGGACUACUUGUUAGUGUAAGCUGGGGACUAAGUGUUGGUUCAAUUGGUACUUGGGGUGUUCUUCAAUUGAUGUCAUUAUGCCCAAAAUGUUUUACACUUGGUGAAGCAACAACAGUCACUCAUGGAAUAAUUUUAUUUUUAUUAUCAACUUGUACAAAUCUUCCUCAACGAUAUCAUCUUCCUCCACUACAUGAUGAUGAUAUUGCUACAAUUAUUUUACAAGUUGGUAUUAUUUUUGUUGGGCUUGUUUGUGCUUUAUGCAUGAUAAUUCCUAAAAUUCGGGAAACAAAAUAUUUUUAUAUAACAACAUUUGGCAUACUGAUAAUUGGAGUUGUUCCUUUACUUCAUAUUUUGUUGGAUCAAAGUCCAUUGCUCUGGAUGAUAUAUUUUAUUUUUGGUGAUCUUCAAAGAAUGACAUUUAUUAUUUAUGCAGCAACAUGUUUACUUGUUGGCUCUGGUUUUUUGAUGAAUCAAAUUUCAUCUGAUACACAUGCAGGAACUGCUGGUAGAAAAAUAUUUCAUUUAUUAGCAGUGCUUGUUUACAUUCCAGGCUUAAUGUUUGAGCCAACUUUGCUUUAUUUAGCUAGUGGUAUAAUCAUGGGUAUUUUUAUGAUGCUUGAGCUGCUUAGAUUUUUAAAUAUACCACCAUUUGGUAAAUUUCUACAGCUUGGAUUUUCAGUAUUUGCUGAUGAAAAAGAUUCAUUAAUUUCACUAACACCAAUUUAUUUAUUAAUUGGUAUGUCAUUUCCUCUCUGGAUGCCAACAACAAAUCUUGAUUUACUUACACUUUUAAGUGGUGUUUUGACAAUUGGUAUUGGUGAUGCAUCAGCAAGUUUAGUUGGAAGUAAAUGGGGAAAAACAAAAUGGAAUGGUUGUGAAAAAUCAAUUGAAGGUACAGUUGCUUGUAUAUUAAGUCAAUUAAUUGUAAUUUAUUUAUUAGCUGCAUCAGGAUUUAUUUAUAACUUGUUUAGUCUUAUCAGAAUAACUCUUGUUGUUAUUGGCGUAUCAUUUAUUGAAGCACGUACUGAUCAAGUUGACAACUUAAUAUUACCAUUGAUAUUUUAUAUUUGUCUGAUUAUUUAAUAACAUUCGUUAAAUUAUUUAAAGUCUGAUUAAUAAUGAUUAAGGUUUUUUUUUUCAUUUAUUUAUCAAACUUCAAAUAUAUGACUAUUAUUUUUUAUCCAAGAUAAUAAUUUUGAAAAAAAAAGAAAAAAAAUAUAUAUACGUUUCCAAAUGUACUACUAAAAAUACAGCAUUUAGCUGUUGACUUUAUUUUUUUUUUUUUUUAAAUUUAAGUUAAUAUUUGCAUAUCGUUGAUACGAUAUUUAUAAUUAAGAAUAAUAUUUUCCAUAUUAAAUAUAACUAACGGGAUAAUAAUAUAUAAGUUAUUUUUUCUAAUCGUUAAAAAUAUAUGUACAUGAAUUGUUGAAGUAUAUACUUGUCGUUGAUAUUGUCGUUGAAAUGGGAUUAUAUAGAAUUUUUUUUUCAUUUUUGUUUUUGCAUUCCCAAGUAAGUUUUUGAGGUCUUUUUUUACUUGAAAUGUAUAUUGAGACUAAAAAUAUUUAAAUAAAUGUAUUUUUCUACGUGUAUAAAAACAAUAACAUUUUUUUCUAAAUAAUAGACAUUUAAAUUCAUUUUUAAACAUUUUUAUUGACUGCACAGCCUUUAAAUAUUUUACAUCCACUGCAACCACUGCGUCGUCAUUGAAAUACGUAUAUAUAAUGUCACCGUCUUCAUCAAAAAUAUAUUAAUUAUACACACAAAUUAGUUAAACAUACAAUAUAUUUUUUAUUAUUCUUCAAAUAAUAAAUAAUAAAAUAAUCAAUCAAGGAAAGACAAAGACACAGCCAAUCAAAUGAAUAACGUAAUUACGUACAACUUUUCUUACAAAUAGACAACGAAUUUAAUCGAUGACGGUGCAUUUAUUUAAUAAAAAAAAAAAAAGUCUUAAUUAUAUUAUCAAGAAUUUAUAUAUUAUAUUACACGUUGAAUUUCUUAUUUCCAUUUAUAUAUAUAUUUUUUUUGUUAUAAUCGAUGAAAACAAGUGACAUAAUAAUAAGCAUUAAAAAUUUUUUUGCAACGCGAUUAACUAUUUUAUAAUUAUUUCUUUUUUUUUUUUUGAUAAUUCAUUAUUUAUUUAUUAUGAUAGUUUAAGAAAUAAUCAGACACUCUUGGCUACAAUGUCAUUCUGAUUAGAUCAAAUUAUCUAAUGAUAGAUUUUUUUUUUUUUAUAUAUUGUUUUUUGCUGUUGAUUUUUUUUAUUAAUAAUAAUUUAUUAUUUCUUUUAUCAAUGAGUGUAAUCAAUAAGUCUUGAUGAUAUAUAUUAAUAUAUGUUGAGUGUAUUUAAUUUUACGUUUCAAUUACUUUCAAUUCAAAUAUUUCAGUUGUCCAGCUAAUUUUUGCAAUCACAUGUGUUAAAAUUAAUCAAAAUUUGUUUUUUUAAAAUCCUUGUUUAUUGACUUGCGUAAUGAUCGGUAUUGUUAAUAAUAUC